UUCUGGAAGCUGAGCGUUAUGGAAUUACUCUCACCAAUAGUACUCGCUGUCCUGGGAAGCUGUCUUCUUUUCUUAUUCUCUCAGUGGAAGAAUUUGCGUGGACCCCCGUGCAUCCGGGGCUGGAUUCCCUGGAUAGGAGUCGCAUUUGAGUUUGGGAAAGCCCCUCUUGAAUUUAUAGAAAAAGCAAGAAUUAAGUAUGGACCAGUAUUUACCAUCUUUGCUAUGGGAAAACGAAUGACCUUUGUUACUGAAGAAGAGGGAAUUGACGUGUUCCUAAAAUCCAAACAUUUAGAUUUUGAACUGGCUGUACAAGGUCCUGUGUAUCACACAGCAUGGAUUCCAAAGAACAUCUUUUUAGCACUGAACGAAAAACUGCACGUGUUAAUGAAGGGAAAGAUGAGCCCUUUUAACAUUCCUCAGUUUACUGGGCAGCUGACUGAAGAAUUUCACGAGCAACUGGAAAAUUUCGGCACUCAUGGAACAAUGGACCUGAAGGACUUCGUAAGGUGUCUACUUUAUCCAGCCACUGUCAAUACUCUCUUUAAGAAAGGGUUGUUUUCUACAGACAAGAUGGACGUCAAGGACUUCUACCACCAUUUUAAAACUUAUGAUGAGGGUUUUGAGUAUGGAUCCCAGCUACCGGAAUGGCUUCUGAGAAGCUGGUCAAAAUCCAAAAGAUGGCUCCUGGCACUGUUUGAGAAAAACAUUGAAGAAAUAAAAGCUCAUGGAUCUGCAGGUCACUCUGAGACCCUCUUGCAGACCAUGCUGGAAAUUGUGGAGAUGGAAACACGUCAAUACAGUCCAAAUUAUGGACUGGUCAUGCUUUGGGCUUCUCUGGCCAACGCUGCUCCUAUUGCAUACUGGACACUUGCGUUUGUCCUGUCUCAUCCUGAUACCCACAGGACCAUUUUAGAAGGCAUAUCAUCUGUGUUUGGCACUGCAGGUAAAGACAAGAUUAAAGUGUCUGAAGAUGACUUGAAGAAGCUCUUUCUAAUUAAGUGGUGUGUUCUGGAAUCCAUCCGCUUGAGAGCCCCUGGUGUCAUUACUAGAAAGGUCGUGAAGCCAGUUAAGAUUUUGAGUCAUACCGUUCCUUCUGGCGAUCUGUUGAUGUUGUCUCCGUUCUGGCUACACAGAAACCCAAAGCACUUCCCCGACCCUGAGUCAUUCAAACCUGAACGCUGGAAAGAGGCAAAUUUAGAUAAGUUUGUUUUCCUGGACGGCUUCAUGGCGUUUGGAGGCGGGAAAUUCCAGUGUCCCGGAAGAUGGUUUGCUCUCUUAGAGAUUCAAAUAUGUAUCAUCUUGCUGCUUUACAAGUAUGAGUGCCGUCUUCUGGACCCAUUACCAAAACUGAGUUGUCUUCAUUUGAUCGGUGUCCCCCAGCCAGAUGGGAAAUGCAGAAUCGAAUAUAAACAAAGAACAUGACCUUCCUUGCGGCUCGAGAGGGUCACCACCUUCUGCAAGAGUGAAGUCACCCAGCCAGCUACUAUCCUCCCAGCUCCUUGACCUGAAGACAUCUUAGUGACACAACUGUUUCACAUCUGAAGACCAUGCCUCCGAUUUCACUGUUAGGAACACAGAAGCCCCAACUCAGGGUAUACAGAAAAGGUCCAAAUGAUUUUUUUUUAAAGUUGAUAAAAGGUUGGCUUCAUGUAUAAUCAUAUCAAAACUUCAAGUAAAAAUGCCAUUUGAAUGGAACUAUUGGUACAUUAAAUUCACUGUGAAAGCAACAUACUUAAAAUCCUAUUUUGCAAAAAACUAAAGUUUUGGGCACCGAAAAAUUAAAUAAAGAUUUCUAGGCAUUUUCCAUUUUUAAAAUGUGACUAGACUUUGGAAAUCUUAGGC